AUGGCGGCGGCGGGAGGCUCGGCUAGCUCGCUCGCUCGCUCCCUCGGCGCUCGGCCCGUCGGCGCCCGCGCCCGCUGCGGCCUCCACAGGAAGUGCCGGCGGCCGGCCUCACUUCUCGUCAGCGGCUCCAGCGGCUGCCACAUUUUGGACUGGCUGAAACCUGGGGCCUUGGGGGUGAACCUUCUGGUGGAGGAGACAAAAACCAAAGUAAAGCGCGUGAUAAAGCAGGUGGAGUGCAUUGAUGUGCAUCAGGCCAACGAGGCCCUGGAGGAGUUGAUGCUGCUGCUGAAGCUUCAGCACGCCCACGUCUCCAUCUACCAGGAGCUCUUCAUCGUGUGGAACAGUGAGAUCUCCUCUUUGUUCCUUUGCCUGGUGAUGGAGUUCCACGAGGGAAGCUUCCAGAAUGUCAUUGAGAAGAAGAGGGCGGCAAAGAGAGUCAUUGACUUCCAGUGGAUGCAGAACAUGCUGGACCAGGUGUUGAACGCGCUGGAGUACCUGCACCAGCUGGACAUUAUCCACAGGAACCUCAAGCCCUCCAACAUCGCCCUGGUCAGCAGCGACCACUGCAAACUGCAGGACCUGAGCUCCAACGCACUCAUGACCGACGUAGCCAAGUGGAACGUCCGUGCAGAGCAAGACCCCUUUCACAAGUCCUGGAUGGCCCCCGAAGCCCUCAACUUCUCCUUCAGCCAGAAAUCUGAUAUCUGGUCCCUGGGCUGCAUCAUUCUCGACAUGGCCGGCUGCUCCUUCCUGGAUAGCGCGGAAGCCAUGCUUCUGCGGAAGUCCAUCCGGAGUUCCCCCGAUGGCCUGAGGGGUGUCCUGAGGACCAUGGAGGAGAGGAGGGUCCCCGGUGCGAAAGUCUUCAAUUCCCUUUUGCCUCUGAUGCUCCAGGCCGACCCGUCGGAGCGAAUAACCAUCAGGGACGUGAUUCACGUCACGUUUGGGAGCAGCGACCUCCGCUCCCCCAGCAGUGCCCUGAUGCUGCACCGGCAGGUGGCGCCCGAGUUCGUCAUUGACGUGCUGCCAGAAAGCAACGUCGCCGGCGCCUUAGAGGUCAUGCAGAACUUCUCCCACCACCCCGAAGUCCAGCCGAGGGCGAGGAAGAGGCUCCUGAGGAUGUCUGAAGAUCAGCAAGGCGUGCCGCGGCCAGCGGAGCUGCUGGAGGUCCUGAUGGGCACCAUGAAGCAGCACGAGGACCCCGGACGCACACCUGUGCUGCUCUGCACCCUGGGCCGCGGGGGGCUCCGCGCGGGGCCCGGCCAGGCGCUCCGGCACAGCUGCCUUCUCCCGCGCCCGUCACCGCCCUGGCGUCUGACCCUCUGGGCACCUGUGCCCUGCUCUGCCCGCCCCGCCCCACGCCAGGACGACAGGCAGGGCGCAGCCAGGAGUCUGGGGCCCCGCCCUAGGCCCGCCUCUGUGGCCCUGGACCAGCCGCUCCCCCUUCUGGCUGAUCUCCAGGCGCGAAACGAGGAGCCGGUCAUAGGGGUCCUGGGGGCAGCUCAGGGUUCACCGGCCUCCUUUGUCGGCCCGAGCAGCACUGGGGCAGCACCCGGCGGCCACGUGCCAAGUGGCAGCGCCAUCGCCCCCGUGCCGCUGGGCGUCCUGCGGAGCCACCCCAAGGAGCAGCAGCUCCUGGUCGCGGUCUACAGCCUGCUCACCGUCGUUGCCAGCCAGGGUGGGCGACUGGCCACGGAUGAGCUGCGGAGGGCCAGGCCGCGUAAGCACGUCCUGCGGCACCUGGACACCCUGGACAGGGGCGUCUGCACCAACGGCCUGAGCCUGCUCUGGGCCCUGCUGGCGGAUGCCGUCAUCGGGAACAAGGCCACCUUGGAGAAAGCCCCGGCCCUCACUGCCGAGGUGCUGGCCACCUACUCCACGGACGCGGAGACAGCUGAAGCCGGCUGUGCAGUCCUGUGGCUGCUGUCCUUGCUGGGCUGCGUAAAGGAGCAGCAGUUUGAAGAGGUGGUGGUCCUGUUCCUGCAGAACAUCCAGGCGCGCCAGGACCGAGUCCUGCUGGUGAACAACGCCUACCGGGGGCUGGCCAGCCUCGCGAAGGUGUCUGAGCUGGCUGCGGUGGUGAUGCCCGAGGAGGGCAGCAGCGGCCUCACCCUCGUCCAGGAGACGUACCAGCUCCACCAGGACGACCCGGAGGUGGUGGAGAGCAUCUGCAUGCUGCUGGCCCACCUCGCCUCCUACAAGGAGAUCCUGCCGGAGCCGGUGUCCAGCGGCCUCCAGCCCCUGGCAGAGGAGAUCCACGGGCGCUUCACCUCCGGCCUGGUGAGUGUCGGGGGGCUGCCUCGGGCAGACCUGGGUGGCACAGAGUCCAGGGGCCGGACCAGCGGUUUGUGUGGAGGCGACUGGGGCUGCCGCGUGUGUGGUUUUAAGAGGCUCUCCCUGUAUUGCCCGUGUCCCCGACCGGGCCGAAGUAAACCCUGAAGAGGAGGAGCAGUGAGACCGCUUCAAAUAAAAGCAGAUUAAGUAACAGAAAUCACUCGUGGACCCAGAGACCGUCCACGGCAACAGCUGACCUACUGUCCUCCUUCCGGGAGCUGGUUUCUUACGCACAAAGUGUGCUUCAGAAACUGGAGAGGCCUCGCAGCCCAGCUCCGACGGCGGGCCGCAGGCCUGCCCCUCCCUCCUCACGCUGUACCUGACGGGGCGCCCAGUGCCACAGCGUGUCCCCUUAGGGGUGGGGCGCAGGGAGAGGUGUCACCCAGGACCAGCAGGGGGCACAGCAGUCCCCUCACACACUGAGCCUCCACA